AUGAGGCUCGCAUCUUUUUUGUACUUUGCAACUAUCGUGGAAGCAACUACUGUCUUUCAGCUUAACUCCACGUCGUACUAUUCCCCAGACCUUGUCGCAGCAACCCUCGCAUUUGAGAACGAGAGAACUGAAGCGGUGCCAAUUACCUACCUUUCUUUCGCCGAACCUACCCUUACUGCGGAGCUACUGGAAUCGACCAUCACUUCAUUUCUUUCUCACGAUGAUGUGUACACAGAACCUUUUCUCUCGACGCUGGUGCUUGGUGGCUCGAGUACCCUGACGGACGGCGCGCAUGCGUACGUUACUUCGCUCGGAUGCACUAAAAUUUAUAGCGUGGUGGAUGUCGACUUGAGUUCUGGUCCAUAUUUGCUCCACCCAUCAAAUGCUGUUACUAGGGUUUAUCGACCGUAUUGGGAUCACAACUUCGCUUUCGUGGAGUCUGUCACUGAGGGUCCAAAUGGUACUUUCGUUCCUGUCACAGGUUUGGCUUUGACAGAUGCCUAUGGAGCUCUUAGUAUCGCAGUGCCGUCUCGACUAUACUAUCCACCCCCCACAGAAGACAAACCAUUAUCAGGAAAGCGCCUCGGGGUCAAAGAUAUCUACGACCUCAAGGGAGUUCGCACUAGUAGUGGGAACAGAGCGUACCGAGAUCUCGCCGACCCUGCCCCUGAGAGCGCGGCAGCAUUACAAAAGCUGAUUGGUCUGGGUGCUAUCGUUAUCGGAAAGACGAAGACCACACAAUUUGCGCUUGGAGAGCGGCCAACCGCUGACCAUGUGGAUCAGUUAGCACCCUUUAACCCCAGGGGAGAUGGUUACCAGCAUCCUCAAGGGUCGUCGGCGGGUUCUGGAGCUGGACUCGCAUCAUACGACUGGAUGGACAUUGCAACUGCGUCGGACACGGGUGGAUCUGUUCGCCUACCAGCCAUGGCAAAUGGUCUUUUCGGCAUGCGUAUCACUAACGCCUCACUGCCGCUUAAUGGAAUUCUACCCAUAUCAGCAAUUUUCGAUACGCCGGGCGUAUUGGCUCGCUCGGCUCGGCUGCUACAAGCCGUACAUAGAAGAUGGUAUCCAGCCAAGGUGUAUACGUCUUAUCCCAAGGGUAUCGUUUUACCCGACCUGUUCUGGUCCACUGUGAAUGGAACAAGCAUGCACAUCUUCGAUUCGUUCAUCUCCCAGUUCGCUACCUUCCUUGAUGCCAACUUGACAACCUUCAACGCCAAUGCCAGCUUUAACGCAUACACGAACACUUCCGAAGGCCCGGCAUCAUACAUUGGCCCGACAUACUCUAAUAUCACCAACGUCGAUCAAUACCGCGACCUAGGUCUACCAUUCAGGGAGCAGUACAUCGCCAAGUUCGGCAGAGCACCGUAUUGGAAUCCACAAACACGAGCGCGAUGGAACCGGGCUGCUACCUUGCCAAUCUCCAGUUACACCACUGCUAUCGAGCGCACAGAGAUGUUUCAAUCAUGGUUUCGAGAAAUUCUAACGCCCACAUGUGAAUCCACAUUGGUGUUAUAUCCCAUGGGCGUUGGUACGGAAGACUAUCGCGACAUAUACACCACUGCACCGGGUGGUAUCUUUGCUGCGGGGCUACCGUAA